GGCAACAGAAAAGAAAUAUUGAAGAUGGGAAAGAUGAGACAGCAUGGAAGAAAAUGAAAUCCAGUAACAACUUGUUUUUGUGUCAUGUUAUCACAAGUGGUCAGAGAGGAAAAGAGCCAGUGUAUCUCUCCUGAAUUAAGUGAUUCCUGGGAAUAAUGUAGACAACUAGAAUGCUCCUCAUAAAUACAGGGGGAUUCUUGCUGCAUAGAGAACGACUCUUGUUCCUGUCUCACCAGGGGACAGGAGAGAGUGGCAAGAGUACAUUUAUCAAGCAGAUGAGAAUCAUCCAUGGGUCAGGAUAUUCUGAUGAAGACAAAAGGGGCUUCACCAAACUGGUAUAUCAGAACAUCUUCACGGCCAUGCAGGCCAUGAUCAGAGCCAUGGACACACUCAAGAUCCCAUACAAGUAUGAGCACAAUAAGGCUCAUGCACAAUUAGUUCGAGAAGUUGAUGUGGAGAAGGUGUCUGCUUUUGAAAAUCCAUAUGUAGAUGCAAUAAAGAGUUUGUGGAAUGAUCCUGGAAUCCAGGAAUGCUAUGAUAGACGACGAGAAUAUCAGUUAUCUGACUCUACCAAAUACUAUCUGAAUGACUUGGACCGCGUAGCUGAUCCUUCCUACCUGCCUACGCAGCAAGAUGUGCUUAGAGUUCGAGUCCCCACUACAGGGAUCAUCGAAUAUCCCUUUGACUUACAAAGUGUCAUUUUCAGAAUGGUCGAUGUAGGGGGCCAAAGAUCAGAGAGAAGAAAAUGGAUACACUGCUUUGAAAAUGUCACCUCAAUCAUGUUUCUAGUAGCGCUUAGUGAAUAUGAUCAAGUUCUUGUGGAGUCAGACAAUGAGAACCGAAUGGAGGAAAGCAAAGCACUCUUCAGAACGAUUAUCACAUAUCCCUGGUUCCAAAACUCCUCCGUUAUUCUGUUCUUAAACAAGAAGGAUCUUCUAGAGGAGAAAAUUAUGUAUUCCCACCUAGUUGACUACUUCCCAGAAUAUGAUGGACCCCAGCGAGACGCUCAGGCAGCUCGAGAAUUCAUCUUGAAGAUGUUCGUGGACCUGAACCCAGACAGUGACAAAAUUAUCUACUCCCACUUCACGUGCGCCACCGACACCGAGAACAUCCGCUUUGUCUUUGCAGCCGUCAAGGACACCAUUCUGCAGUUGAACCUGAAGGAGUACAACCUGGUCUAAUUGUGCCUCCCAGAAGCUGCCCUCCCCUUCCCCGGUGGGCUGUUGGAGAUGUACAAGAGGGACUGUAUUUCUGUGGAAAACAAUUUGCAUAAUACUAUUUAUUGCCGUCCUGGACUCUGUGAGUGUAUCCACAGAGUUUGUAGUAAAUAUUAUGAUUUUAUUUAAACUAUUCAGAGGAAAAACAGAGGAUGCUGAAGUACAGUCCCAACACAUUUCCUCUCUCUCUUUUUUUAGGCAAAACCUUAUGACUCGAUCUAUUUUACAUUCUCAGUCAUGUACUCACAAAGUAAGUCUCUCCUCCCUCUCUCUCUCUCUCUCUCUCUCUCCCCCCCUCCCCCUCUCCUCUCUUUCCUUUUCUACUGAGAAAAACAAAGCUGAUUUCCCUCUUUUUCCUAAUCCAAAUCUCCUUCUUGACUUUUUCUCCCAGGUUACAACAGCCUUUAUUCUAACUCCAUUCUUGGUCAAGUUUUUCUCUCGAAUGAUAGUCAGGACAUUGUCAUUCGAUUUAAGCCAUCCAACAUCAGCUUAACCUAACAAUUUGUAGUAUUUGCUGAAGGACUAUAUGUAUUACUACUAUGGUUCUGUAUUAUGCUCCAUACAAAUGUAGUGUUUCAUUUUAUAUCUAUAUAGUUGUCUCACUUUGGACUGUGACAGUGGAUGCCCAUUGAACAGUUAUGCAUCAUUUCUUCUGGAUAUUGACCUUAGCCGUAGUCUGAUUGCCCAGAAAAACACUCAGAAAUUGGAGGGCUGGGCAAACAUGCAAAGUGGGAGUCCGUUCUUUUGAAAUCCAUGUGCCAUUCUUCCCUUUCUUGCUUCCCUUUCUUCCUUCUUUUUUUGCUUCUUUUUCCUUCCUCCAUUUCUUGCUUCUUUUUUUUUUUUCUUUUUUCUCUCCUUACCUUCUUUUCCUUAACUCUCUCUUUAAAUUGCAGAUGCCAAAAAAUAUGCCAACAAACACUACAUUCCCCAAAUGGCUGCUAUCCAGAUUCUUUUUAGAGGUUGUUCUGUUUUUUUUAGUUCCAGCUUUUCCUUUGCUCUUUUUUUUCCUUUGUGUUUGGGCCACAAUUUUAAAAUGGUUUUUAUUUUGGGUAUGUGCUGCCAAAGCUGGCCGUUUGUCAAACAAAAUAGAUUAAAAAGCGCUUAAUGAAAGCCAGCAUCUUAAAAUGUAAGAGAGUAAGACUGUGAACUUUAAGGUGACUGGCUGAGGAUGAACCUGAAAUACAAUUGCCAAACGAUUGGUAACUGUAAAUUUGACUCUCACGGUCCAUUCUUUUCUUUGCCCUUAAAUCGUAUUGUUUAUUGUUCAUGUCCCAUGUUGACUGUCCAAAUCAUCAGUAUAGAAAAGUAUCCUUUGUGGUUUAUCGUGAAAUCUGCUUAUGUCUCUGUGUUUGAAGCCAGUUUUAUUUACUCUUUAUGUUAAGUUCAAGUAAGUUUGCCAAGAACAUCAGUUGAUAGUAUUAUCCUAACACCUUUAAUUUGAAAAAAAAAAAAAAAAAGUGACUACUAGUUUACCAUAUUCAGGAUCUUCUUGAACUGGUGACUAAGUUGAACAUGAAGAAAAUUUGUGAACUUGAUUCAGUUGUACCCUCUCAGUGUUCUGUUGAACAUGUAUUUAUGUAACUGAACCUACUAGGAGAGAUGCUUGGAAUUCUAUAUGUGCAAUUUUUCAGCAAAUGCAAAAAAUACAGCACAUGUAUUGAUUAGCUUCUGUCAAGCAGCAUAAGUUAAAAUGUGAUAUAAGAAAAUAAAUCAUGAUUGUUAUAAAGCUGCUGGGAAGCUAGAAUUAGGCCAUGAUGCUGGUCUCGAUACUAUUUGGCACUAGUCUAAACUUCUGUAUUAAUCACUUUUUUUGGAGUAACAAAGGGGAGAGAAAAAAUUAACAGUUUAUUAGAUGAGUACCAAAGUUACUCGGUAGUAAUGAAAUGUUCAUGUUCUUCACUCUCCUUGUCUCAGAACACACAGGUUAUUAUUUCUUUUCCUUGCUCAGAACAGCACCUGUAAUUUAAUUAACAGACAUCCCGCCUGUAGGUGUAGUGCAAUUAUGAAUGCUCUAAUCAUUGUACAUACAUCUCUCUUGAUAUUGCAGCAUCCAUAUUGGCUUUGUAAUCAUUAAUUUUGGGGCAAAUUGAAUGUGCUGUAUUGAUAUGUAUCUAUGUAAUUGUAUUGUAUGUCUUAUAGCUAAUUCACAUUUUGAAUAAUGUUAUUUUAUUUACUUUUUUAAGAGAGGAGAAUGUAAAUUUGUCAGUUUAUUUCUGACUAGGGAUAUUUUUUUCCAUUUAGAAAAGAAGAAAAACAAAACUUACUAUCAUACAGAGCGGUACUAGCAUCGUGCUGUGUAAAAUCAUUUGCACAUUCCUGAGUAGAGGUAUACUGAUUAUAAGACCCAAAGGUAAUUUCAUAGCAAAAUACAUAAAAUCAGUUGGAGCUUUUAUACAAACAUGGAAACCAACUUUGUAGAACUUUUGCCAUUUGAUCUAGGAUUGGAAUAUGAGCUUUUAUACAAUUCAUAUUCUUAUUUGGCAAAUGCACAGUUUAGUAUUACCUCUCUGAUGGCCUUUAUUAGAAAGGCAGUUUUAGAAGCUAUUGUGAUCCACUAAGGAGAUGUUUUAACAGCUAGAGACCACUGCUUGCCUGAAAGGGCGAUCUUAUAAAUUUGGUGCAAAAAAAAAAAAAAAAAAAAAAAAAAAAAAAAAAAAAAAAAAAAAAAAAGAAAAGAAAAAAAAAGUAAACAACAUUUGAUGGCCUACAGUGUGUAUAGAGAAACCUCAUCACAAGAUCAUAAGUGUUACAGUUUUAGGGAAUCAAGAUAUUCUAUUUAAUAGAGAUAUAGUAGAUGUAGUCGAUUAAACCUGAUUUCAAAGCUCAUAGAAGCUGAGCAAAACAGGGAGAGAUUGUUAUAUUUGUCUUUAUGCAGUUGGGAUGGAAUUUGCUAUGCAGAAUUGAGGUUUGUGGCUUCACUGCUCAUCCUGGGGUGCAUGACAGGAUCCCUUCUUUUGAGAAAGGAAAAAAUUGAUCACCCUAGCUGCAGUGACGCAUAGAAACCUAAUUGUAUCCACAUUAGUCAGUCGAAGCUAAAAGAUUUUUUGUUGUUUCUUUGGGGUUUUAUUGAAGGGGAAGGGGCGGGAAGGGACUCUUUUCAGUUUUGUAUAAAAACAAAGUUUACUCAUGCUUUCUCUUCUAUUGUGAUUGCAAGCAUUCUAAGCGUGUGCUGCUGGACUCCUGUUGUUGAUGCUCUAGGUAUGGAGGCUUGUGGCGAGUUUUACGGUGACUUGGGCAUGUCUUACUCAAAACACAAAACACAGCAACCUUUCUUCAGUAUACCAAGGCAAGCAGCCAUUUCAUGACUCACUGAACACAUUGCAGUGUACCAGUUUACAGAUGAUUUUUCCCUCUUUUUUGUGUGAUGGGGCAGUUCCAACCCACAGAGAAUUCCUUAUUUGUAAAUUGGAGGUUUAUACUAUGCCUUACAAAGCUUAAAUUUAGAAGUUUGUGCCUCAUAUCUGAAACAAAGGGAAAUAGCAUGCCCAUUCAGAAGUCAGUAAGUCCCCUAGAACUUGUGGGGUUUUGUUUAUUGGGGUUUUGUUUUAUAAUUUUUUUCUCUUUUAGUAUUGACAUAUAAAGAGCUCUGUUGAAUGUCAUUAGUUGACUGAAAACAAAAUUUAGGAACCUGCAUAUGUUGUUUACUAACAGAUGACAUUUACAAAAGGUAUUUGAAGAACAUCUGAAACUUUUUUUUUUUUGGUAGAUUAACUAGCGAGACCUAAUAUGUAAAAAGGAAAUUCAGCUAAAGGGCAAUUUACUUUUUGUACUUCAGACUAUCUUGAUUGUCAAGGUGUAUGAACUGUAAUUUAAAAAUUUAUACUGCCACAUGAUUGUAAAUUUUAGUUGUCUUAAGGUAGGAAUUGGUAAAAAGCUAUUUAUGCUGGAUUUGGGUCAAAAUGACUUUAUUUGCAAAAAAAGUAAAGAAUAAUAAUGGGAAGAAAGGGCUGCAUACUGAGCUAUUGCAAGACUUAUAUAUUGGUUGGAAAUUCCCCUCAGAUUACCUGCAGAUUACUCUCAAUUUCCCUUUGUUUUCAGUUUCUCAAAAAAGAAUGAAUGAAAUGAAAUAUAGCAGAAUGUUAACCCAUAUGAAAAUAAAGUGUACCCAAAUAUUGUAAUGUAUACUGCUGCGCUUCUUAAAAACUAAGGGUUUAAAACCACUUAAUUGGUCAUUAGCAACAUCUCAGUUGAUACAAAUAAGGUAAGCUUGGUACAUACAUUCAUAUUUUCUUCCAAAGAGAUAAUCUUUGGUUAGAAACACACAAAAAAUUGAAACUAGUAAUUGUAUGUUUAUCUCUCUCUACACAUUUCCAGCGUAUGUAGCAUUAAUAGAUCUGUCCUGGUACCCGUGUCUUUGGGUUUUCAUUUUGGUUCUAUCACAUUAGGAAAAGAAAUGGCUUAGUUGUAUAUGACUAGCUAGAGAUUUUUGGAGCCAGACACCUGCUGGUUGGUAGAUACUUUAGUACAGAGUCUAAACUUGUCAUUUGUUUUCUUAAGAAAACAAACCAUUUCCUGCUCUCCUUCCAACUGCCCCUGCCCUUUCAGUAACUCUUGCCUCUAGAACCAUGUUCAAAGUAUGCAUACACACCUAGUACACAGUAGGUGCUCAGAUACUCAUUUCUUCCUUGCCUUCCUUAUCUACCAUAUGGCCUCCAUUUCCCCAUAUGAUUCCAACCCAACAAUUAGUGAUAUUUACAUGUUUUGAAAAUAGCUAUUGGGUAAAUUUGGACCUUACUUGGAUAAAGGAAUUUUGACUUUCUUAGAAGCUUUUGGUAGACAGGGAAAAAUAACAGGGAAGAAAGUGUUUUUUAGUAGAAUAUAUUUAAGAUUAGAAAAAAGAUGGAAAAUUACUGUGUAACUUUGACUGGGUUACAUUGAUUGAAACAUGUUUUUGGUGGAUUUCUUUUCCUCAAAGAACUCUCUAAAUACAACUUCCUGCAGAGUCCUCACCAUCAUCGUGUUGGAAACCCUGACUAGGCCUAUGUACUUAGGGAGUUUUGUCAGAAAACAUUUUUAACUUGCAGUAUUUAAAUGAAUCAUAUUUACUGUUCUUAAAAUGUCAUUCGGAUGCAUGUAUUGUCUAUUGUUUGGGGAUGGGAACUAGUUUUGCAAAAAAACACCUAAUGUUGUAUAAUAAUGCCCCAAUGAUCUUGCUGGUUAAAAAUACAGUAUUUUUGGCCAUAA